GGCGGAAGAGAGCGAUGGAGAAGGCUGUUAGAGGCCCCGUUUCCGCGUCUAGCAGGCUCUGGAGACUCAGCAACUUUGUCAUGGCUGUCUUCUUCGGGCUAGCGGGGGCAGUGCAGGUCAAUGACCCUGAUCCAGGACUUUGGAUAGUUGUCUACGCUGUGCCUGCAGCUCUCACACUGGUUGUCAGUCUUAAUCCACCAAUUGCAGAUAACUUUGUAUGGAGGAGUCUAUCAGAUCUUCACUUAGCUGCUUGUGUUGGUGGUUCUGCCAUUUUGGGGUACUCUUUGUUGGCUAAUGCUCAAAAGAACAUCUUGCAUGAAGAAGAAGGCAGAGAGUUAUUCGGUUUGGUGAUCAUUACAGUCUGGAUGAGCCUAUGUCGUAGUUCAGCAAAAAAAACCCUUGGUGGAGUUCAUCUAGCUGUUGUAGUUUUUCUCUCACUUUCCCCCUUUAUAAUGUGGCUAUACAUCUAUGUAAAUUCAGAGAUGCGGGCAUCCUGGCCAUCUCACUGUAAAACUGUUAUUUAAGGUGGAAAUGAACCAAUACAGAGUUCUGGUGCUCAUGAAUGAUUAAUCAGCAAUACUAAUCAACAGGAACUGCAGCAGUGACCAAAAGGCCAGGGUUAUGUUAACUGCAGAGUCUUGGUAACUGUAAUUGGACCAAAUAUGACAGAAAGGAUACAUCUGUGGAAGCUGAUGGAGCCAAGAGGUGGUUUGAGCUUUCUGUUUAAGCCAGUGGAAUUCAAGAUGAACAUUUCCUUGAAGGACAAUGAUGAUUGUGUUUGUUAGUGCAGUAACAAGAACAAGAAUGCCUCUGCAGAGUGUAUAGACAGUGGUAUGCAUCCCCCUCCUAGUUUUACCUGUCUGCACAGCACAUCCUAGUAUUUAACUUGUAAGUAUUAAGGAUGUGUUGCUGGCGACCAAGAUAAUUCAUACCAUAGUAUUUCCUGUUACUAUGUAUAAGGUGUAAAAGUUGGGACAAUGAAGAAAGCUGACAGGAAGAAAGUUUAUUCAUUUGAAAUGUGG